AAACGAUUAAUUCUAAGUCAGACUUUGGUAUUUGAUAAGUGAGAAUGUCCGAAUCUACAAUCUCGUGUCGUGACUGAAACCCAUUUUUACCUUAGAACUCACAAAAUUAGAUUAAGUCAAUCAAGAAAUUAACAGAGAGAGGAGAAUUGUGAGAUGGGUUGCUUCGCUUGUUUCGAUGGCGGAAGCAAGCAGCGCCAACGAGAAGAGGAGCGUUUGGCCUCCGAAGAAGCCCGCGCCAAAGCCGCCGAAGCUGCCCAGAAAAGGCAAGAGCAAUUUGAGCAAUCCGCAGCAGGAAGAGCUGCAAAAGCACAGCUAGCGGCUGUUGCAAAACAAAACGCAAACACCAACAAAGGUGAACCAGUUCUUAAGUGGCAAAUGGGAUGAGGUUACACUUCAUUGCUAGACCUUCAAGCAUACCAAGUGAGUAUACGAGUUGCUUUUGUCGACCAUAUUUCCUCUCAAUUUCUUUAGUACAAUAGACCAUAACCGAUUAUACCAUGGUGCUCCUAAGGCUUCUUUUUCCUAUUUGCUGUUUUUUCUUUUUGCCCUUUUCUGCAUGGUGAAGAUGCUGAGGCGCGAAUCGAUUAUGUGUUUCUUUAGCCUAUUAUAUCGCCUCCACAACGGAUAGAAUGUAACUGCUCUGUUUUUUUUUUUUCUUCAUGCAGAUUUAUGAACAUAUAUGGCUUGACAAAGUUCAUCUAUCUAUCAAUGUGGAGGCAUCUUUUUAUUCUUAAAAAUGUAAGUCUCUGUAUAGAAGUGUGGAUAAACUGAAUAAUUUCUCGUUGUAUUAUGCUCGAUGUCUCAACUAAUUGCUCUGUAACUUGUGUUGGUAUAUUAUAUAAAGAUGGCUCUCACUUUUCUUCGAAGGAAA